CCUGGAGCCAAGGAACUACGCAGUACAUGAAAGUUUAAUAUAGCUCAGUGCAGUGUUUUUGCUGGAUCAUAAAAGUUCCUAUCAAAAUGGCAGAUCCAGGGCCUAGAAAGCAAACUCUUCUUAAAAUGGAUUUUCCGCAAACGAGUUUAUCAAACUCAUUCCCAAUGCGUUUGGGAAGUGGACAGCCCGCAGAUAAGGGUGGAUUAGCGGCUACUUCCAGUAGGCCAAAAAUGUGCCUGCCUGUCACAGUUAAGCCAAAAGAUCCUGCAAUUACACGAACUGCUACUCGUCAAGUUGAUAGAAGCCGUUUAAGAGAAGCCAAAUUGAAGAUGUGCCAUUCAAUGAAUGCGACUGGAAAGCUAAAAAUUGCAGGAACUACUUACGACUUUACGUCAGAUGAUCUGCAGGACUUAGGAGAGAUAGGACGCGGCGGUUUUGGAACAGUAAAUAAGAUGAUUCACCGUAAAUCAAACACCACAAUCGCUGUCAAACGGAUAAGAUCAACAGUUGAUGAAAAGGAACAAAAGCAACUUUUAAUGGACUUGGAUGUUGUAAUGAAAAGCAACGAAUGCAACUACAUUGUACAGUUUUAUGGGGCACUGUUUAAAGAGGGCGAUUGUUGGAUUUGCAUGGAGUUAAUGGACACUUCUUUAGACAAAUUCUAUAAAUUCAUUUAUGAAAGACUGAAUGACAGCAUACCCGAACCUAUUCUCGGGAAAAUAGCUUUGGCCACAGUUAAAGCUCUCAACUAUUUAAAGGAAGAAUUGAAAAUCAUCCAUCGGGAUGUAAAGCCAAGCAACAUCCUGUUGGACAAGAAUGGAAACAUAAAAUUAUGUGACUUUGGCAUCUCUGGUCAGUUGGUGGAUUCAAUAGCCAAGACCAAAGACGCUGGUUGUAGACCUUACAUGGCGAUUUCCACCAUGAAGUUCAUUUCUGCCUUGGCCAUUUUAUUGGUUGUGGCCGUGAUGGCUCAAGGAGGCGAAUACACUGAGCGUUUCUUGACGCUUUACAACACCAUUAUAGAUUCUAAGAGCGGCUACUUUUCUAAGGAAGGAAUUCCUUAUCACAGCGUUGAGACUUUGAUGAUUGUUAGUAUUGACUAUGGUCACGAAACUGAUUCUGAAGCUCAAAGUUACAAUCUUUGGCUGAAAGCUAUGUAUGGAGCCAUAUCUGGUGACUUUUCGCAUUUCAACCAAGCCUGGGACGUUCUUGACGGUUACUACGUUCCAGAAGUCCAAUACAACAACGAAAAAUACAACCCAGAAGCUGGUGGUGAGAGUAACGGUGUUACUGUUGGCAUCGAUCCUCUUGGUGCUGAAUUAACUUCAUCUUAUGGAGACAGUAGACUGCGAGUUAUGCAUUGGCUUUUGGAUGUAGACAAUGUUUAUGGAUUUGGAAAUGUGCAAGGUAAAUGCGAAGAAGGUCCGUCGGAACCUGGGCCCUCCUUUGUUAAUAACGGGCCCGGGUCACUUUGGCAAGGAAUCACCUAUCCUACUUGCGACACGUUCAAAUAUGGUGGAGAUGUUGGCUUUUCGUGGUAUGCUUCUGUUCCCAAUUGGGGAUACAGUGCAGCUCCGGACGCUGAUGCUCGAUCUAUUUUAGCAGCCUUCUGGGCCUCACAGUGGGCAACGGAACAAGGAAAACUUGGCGAUAUUUCCGAAACUUUGUCCAAAGCCUCAGAGUUGGGAGACUAUCUGAGAUAUACACUUUUUGACAAGCAUUUCAAGCAGGUAGGAAACUGUAUCGGCAAAACUGCCUGUCCUGGUGGAGAAGGCAAAAGUAGCGCCCAUUACUUGAUUUCCUGGUAUAUUGGAUGGGGAGGAUCGAUUGACUCUUCUGGAGCAUAUUCCUGGCGAAAGGCCAGUUCAGAGGGACAUAUUGGAUACCAAAAUCCCAUGGCUGCUUACGCGCUUGUCAACGACCCUAACUUAAGGCCAAAAAGUGCAUCUGCUGUAGAAGACUGGCAAAAUUCUCUGGAAAGACAACUUGAACUGUACAAAUGGGUUCAGACCAGUGAAGGUCCUCUAGGUGGUGGCGUAACUAACUCCUGGAACAAUGCUUAUGAUGAGCCUCCAGCUGAGUAUAUAUCCCGAUAUCUGGAUGGUCCGGAGCUUACCCCAAUGGAGAUUACAUAAACUCUUCGUCAACCUUCAUUAGUAUUCGUUCAUGGUACAAGAACGAUCCCAACUGGAGCCAGCUGGAGUCUUAUUUGAACGGUGGACCAGCCCCCACCAUCACCUACCAUCGCUUCUGGGAGCAAGCAGAUUUGGCUCUUGCUCUGGGUGCUUACGGAAUGUUGUUUAAUGAGUAAACAAUGUCUUCAAAAAUAAAUAUAUUGCAAAGAA